AUGGAGAGUGUAUCGAGUCUAACACCCGAAGAAGUCGCCUAUUACCAGGCACAUGCGGAUGAUAAUCGCCAAUCGAGCAAAACAGCCGCCAACGUUGUCGGGAUCGUGCUAACUAUCAUUGCAGUGGCAGCACGACUGUUGGCACGCUUCCGCUCGAGGGCUCGAUUAAGUUGGGAUGAUUAUCUUAUUUUUCUCGCUUUGAUGGGCCAACUUUCCUACGCCAUCUUGUUGUUCCUGUCUAAUGCGAACGGUGAUGGUCGACACAUGAUUUUCGUAAAAAACCAGAAGCGCUUUGUCCAGGAAAGUACCGCAAAUGCUAUCGUGUACUCGAUCACCGUCAUGGCCACCAAGAUAUCUAUCUUAUGUCUAUAUCGCCGCAUCUUCCCAACGAGAUCGCUGUUGAUAGGAGCCUAUUUUGUUGGCGUAACGGUCAUCGCUUACAACGUGGCUUUGGCAUUCGUGGCCGCCUUUCAGUGUGUCCCUUUUUCGUCAAUGUGGACUGGAGAGCCUGGAAAAUGCAUCGGUAUCUCCGUGCCGUUUACAAUUUUCGCUGUUGUAAAUGUGGUUACCGACUUUGCUAUCUUAGCGCUACCCAUCAAACCUGUGUUGCAGCUGCACAUGCGAAGAAACCGCAAGAUCCAGGUCUUGACCAUCUUUCUCCUAGGCGGCAUCGUCUGUAUAUUCGGCAUCAUCCGGGUAGUCGCAAUCGCUACCAUGGAUCCCGUUGACACCAGCUAUAACGCAGUCUUCUUCAGUAUCUGGUCCUACAUCGAGGUUUCCGUUGGUAUCUUAGCAGCCUGUCUGCCUACCUUUGGUUCCCUUUUCGCGCGCCGCAAGCAAGAUCCGCUCCGGACCGAAACUCACAGUUCGAGUUCAAGUCGACUCUGGAAACUCAUCACCAGUCGAUCAAGAGAAACACAGCAGAAUGACACCUCAAACACGGAGACCUCGGAUGUAAAUGAUUCCUGGCCGGAUGCCAGAACCGGCCGUAAUGGCAUUAUACAGCUGGAUAGUCAUUGUGAGGCUAGAAAGAAAGAGCAGGGUCAGAUUCCUCGGUCGCCAAGCAUCAUGGUACACAAAGACAUGCAUCAGAGCGUGAAAUUUGUUUAG